AUGAAUUGCCGUUGGAACCUAAAAAAACCAAAAGCAAAAACUCUGCACAAGUCCACGUCUCUCUCUCCGAUUCAUCGCGCACAAAAAUGGAGAGGUUCGUGCGAGCCUGGACAGGUCAGGACCCAAACCCUGACGAUUACAGCAAUAUUCAGUUCUGGUCCAACCCUGAGCGCUCCGGUUGGCUCAUGAAGCAAGGCGAUUACAUCAAGAAUUGGCGGCGCCGCUGGUUCGUCCUCAAGCAAGGCAAACUCCUUUGGUUCAAGGACAACAGCGUCCUUAGCUCCUCAAUUCCUCGCGGCGUCAUCCCCGUCGACAAUUGCUUGACUGUGAAAGGCGCCGAGGACAUCCUGAAUAAGCCUUUCGCCUUUGAGCUUUCCACCAGCCAAGAUACCAUGUAUUUUAUCGCCGAUUCCGAGAAGGAGAAGGAGGAGUGGAUCAAUUCGAUUGGAAGGUCCAUUGUGCAGCACUCAAGGUCUGUCACUGAUUCCGAGGUUGUUGAUUACGAUAGCAAGCGGUAAUUUUGAAGAUAUUUGCUUCUGUUUGUCGUAUAAAAUAGCACUCUGCUUCUUGUUGUACUCGUUGUUGUUUGGUGUUAUAUAUUCUGCGUGUGUUUGUUUUAUGAUUGUAAUUAUGGUCUGUCUUGUUUUGCUUUCUUUAAAUGGAAGGCUAUUUGGUUA